AACGUUUGCGUCACUCAAGGCGGAAGUCCAGUGUAAUCAUUUUUCACACGAACAUGGCAGCGGCGCUAUCAGGAGAAGGCGAUGCGGGCCCUGACCAAAUAUUAGAAGUAGGAGCUGUGCUGCUGAAGGAUUUCAUUUAUGAGCGAGUUCAUCGUCAUGGGGACAGCGGCACCGUUGUAUCGCGGCACGAACUGGGCGGGAGCGAGCUCUGCGACCCCACCCAUAAAAAACUCGCUCAGUGCUUACAGCAGAUUGGAGACGAGUUGGACAACAACGUAGACCUACAGAGAAUGUUAGCCGACUCAGCUCUCCAGCCAACUAAAGAAGUGUUUGUGAAGGUGGCGCGUGAGAUUUUCUCGGAUGGGAAGUUUAACUGGGGCAGAGUGGUGGCACUUUUCUACUUUGCUUGUCGACUUGUGAUCAAGGCUCUCCUGACGAAAAUUCCAGACAUCAUCAGAACCAUCAUCAACUGGACUCUGGACUACCUGCGGGAACAUGUGAUUAAUUGGAUUAGGGAACAGGGAGGCUGGGAGGGGAUCCGAUCCUACUUUGGCACACCGACCUGGCAGACCGUCGGUGUCUUUCUGGCUGGAGUUCUCACCACUGUCCUGGUCAUCCGCAAGAUGUGAAGAGAAAAAAAAAAGAGGGAAAAAACCUGAGAGAGCAAGGCAAGAAAAGAGAGAGGACUGAAAGAGGGAGCAAGACAGCUGACUGAAAGGGAACAGAGAGAUUGCGAGACAGAGAAAGGCAAUAAGAGGCAGAUCCAUUGCUAUGUGAACGGAGAGAGAGAUUCGACUGAGAUCGGAUGAUAAAGAGAGAGCCAAGCAUGAUGUUUAAUCGCUCCACUUCGUGACUUUUGAGCCUAUUUCCUUUCUCGUCUAUAUAUAUAUACACACACACGCACUGAAAAAAGGAAAUAAACAGAGAAAGACGUGUGAAA